UGCGCAACAUCCUCGACAACUGGCCCUUUGGUGAGAUUCUCUGCAAGCUGGUGCCCUUCGUGCAGGCCCUCUCGGUGUACGUGUCAGUGCUGAGCAUGACGAUGAUCGCCAUCGACCGCUACCAGGCGCUGAUCAAGCCGCUGAAGCGGCGAAUGAGUCACCGCGUCCCGAAGAGCGUCCUCAUCACCUUCAUCUGGUCGUCGGCGGCGAUUCUGGCGGCGCCGAACGCCGUCUUCAACGCCGUCACCGAGAUCAAGAUGCUGAACACCAUUGUGCCCUCGACGGUGGUCAGCGGCGAGACGGCCAGCGGCUUUGAGUACCACGAGGAGGUGCUGUACCGCUGCAAGACGGUCUACCCCUCCGACAAUGAGCUGCUCUACCAGCGCAUUUCCACCUGCGUCGCCUUCACCGCCCAGUUCUUCGUGCCCCUGCUCAUCGUCGGCCUCUGCUACACCAUGAUCGGCCUGAAGAUCAGCAAGCGGGCGUGCAUCGGCGAGACGACGGUGGAGCAGGCGGCGACGCACCUCAACGCCAAGCGGAAGACCAUCAAGAUGCUGAUCUUCGUGGUGGUCUGCUUUGCCAUCUGCUGGCUGCCCUACAAUCUGCUGUACCUCUUCAAGGACUUUGGCGACCUCAACUUCAGCCUGACGCUGCACUACCUCACCCACUGGCUGGCCAUGUCCUCCAUCUGCUACAAUCCCUUCAUCUACUUCUGGUACGUGAUUUGCUAA